AUGCCGCCGCGCGCCGCUGCGGGCUGGCACCUGCACAAGCGGAACACAGCAGCGCGCGCAGCGACCGCUUGGACCGUGUUGGCGACGAUGGGGAUUGCAGCGCCGCUCCUCCUCCUGUCCCUGAUGAUGAUACUGCAGCCGGCAUACGCUGAUGGUGCUGCCAGUAGUAAAGGAGGGCCGCGCAAGAGCGGGAAUGCAGCUGCGGUGCCACCUCCGCCGCCGCCCGUGGGGCAGGACUUCGAGCUGCAGACCAAGGCCGGCGUUUACAACCCUUCACUAGUUGUGUACAG